AUGGAAGUCAUGCAAGUACUGCACAUGAAUGGAGGAAUGGGAGAAACAAGCUAUGCUAACAACUCAUUGCUUCAGAAAAAGGUGAUAAUGAUGACGAGGCCCAUAACCGAGGCAGCUGUCACAGCUCUCUUCUCUGCCACCAACACCACCUUCCAGGCAGGCCUCGCCAUCGCCGACUUGGGCUGCUCCUCUGGCCCCAACACUCUCUUCGCCAUGUCUGAGAUCAUCACCAUUAUGAUUGAUGUCUGCAAGGCGACGAACCAUGAAAUGCCGGAGUUCCGAGUGUUCUUAAACGAUCUCCCAGGGAAUGACUUCAAUACCAUCUUUGGGAGCCUCUUGCCGAGAUUCAAAGAGAAGUUGAGUGAGCAAAUGAAAAGCAAGUAUGGAGCGUUAGCGACAUUGCCAUGCUUCUUCAAUGGCGUUCCUGGUUCGUUCUACGGGAGAUUGUUCGCUCGGGAGAGCCUGCACUUAAUUCAUUCUUCAUAUAGCCUCAUGUGGCUGUCGCAGGUCCCACGAGGAUUAGAGGGAAACAAAGGCAACAUAUACAUGGCGAGAUCGAGCCCUCCGAAAGUGCUUAGGGCAUAUUAUGAGCAAUUCCAAAGGGACUUCUCAACGUUCUUGGAGUGUCGUGGGCAAGAGUUGGUGGUGGGGGGGCGUAUGGUUUUGACCCUCCUAGGUCGAAGAAGCGACGAUCCUUCAAGCAAAGAGUGUUGCUACAUUUGGGAGCUUUUGGCUAUUGCUCUCAAUGAGAUGGUCUCCGAGGGACUUAUAGAAGAAGAGAAACUGGACUCCUUCAACAUCCCUCAAUACACGCCCUCACCGAAAGAAGUACGAUUGGAGGUCCAAAAGCAAGGCUUAUUCUCAAUCGAUUGUUUGGAGGUAUCUGAAGUGAAUUGGAAUGUAUUUGACGCGGAUUUCGACCUGAAUUGGAGUAUACUUGACACCAAUUCUAACUUUGAUAUUGUCUUGAAGGAUGGGGGAUAUAAUUUGGCCCGAUGCAUGAGAACCAUGGCCGAGCCCUUGCUCAUUGAUCACUUUGGUAAAGAGAUUAUUGAUGGGGUCUUUAAGAGGUAUGAGGCUCUACUUGCUGAUCGCAUGUCCAAGGAGGAGAAUGCAUUCGUCAAUGUUGUCAUUUCGCUAAAGAAAAUCACCUAG